CGGGUACCCCGGAGGUCUGAUUGGCGGCCGCGGUAUCCUAUGUCUGUGCCUUAGAGAGCCUGGUGGAAGGCCCGCCCGGAUCUCGGAAUUCCCGCGGCGCGGGGGCGGGGAAGGAUUGCGGGAUUUUGUUUGGUAGCCGGCUCGGAGGAUCUGCCCUAGCCCCGGGCCUAGAUAAAAGGAAGAGCUACCAGUAAGUCCUUUGUCGUGCGGCGUGGAUAAAGAAGAGGCUUUUAAUUAAGUGGGGAAGGAGCACUAAAGACUAGAAAACUCGUCAGCCCUGCAGUUUUUCCUACCCUAGGGCUCCCUCUUGUACAACUCCACUUCUCAGCCUGUCAAGCCCUUCUUCAGACAGCCCAUAUCUCACCCAAACCAACUGACUUCCUUAUUCCUCUCCACUACAAAAAGGUUACUACAGGAUAUUGAAUAUGGUUCCCCGUGCAAAUUGUCAACUUUGAACAAGUAAUCAGACAGAAAACAUCUCCAUGUGUUUAAAGCCUCAGCUCAGUUGCCACAUUGCAGUUUAAAACUGCCUCAUAGCACUGUGGUUUAUUUUUCCACUCAUCUCUUCUCCCCUCCUGGAUGCAAGCCAGGAGGACAAGAGGAUUCUCUAGGACUAGAGGACACCAGAACAGUCAGAGAAAAGAAUCUAGAGAGAGCUCUCUGGAGGAAGCAAGAACUAUGAAAAGAUGCUGAGAGACUCAAGGAUAAGAAGGAACUAGCCAUGUACAGAACAAGGGAAAGAACAUUCCAGCCAUGUACAAAGGCCCUGAGGCAAGAAGAACUUGAUGGUUUCAGGAGCAGAGAGGAGGCUGGUGUCAAAGAGUGCUAUUUGCUGGAAGAGAAGAAAUACAAAGUAUGAUCUGAAAAAACAAGAAGGUCAGAUCCUGCAGAGCCACACUGACCACGCUUGGGAGCUGAUAUGACAUCUCAUCUGCUGGCGGAAAGUACAUCAAGGAUGUGUUAGAGACAUGGACUCGAUAUCUCCUAUGAUACCAACGUCCAAAGGUAAGAAUAUAAAAACUCAACUGCCCUUGAGCAGGAUGAGCCAGGAAGAACUGGAAGACAGUUUAUUUCGUCUUCGUGAUGAGCACAUUUUGGUGAAGGAGCUUUUUUGGAAGCAACAGGAUGAGAUCAAAAGGAUGAGGACAGCCUUGCUCCGGCUAACCGCGGCAGGCCGGGACCUGAGGCCCGAGGUAGCAACGGCUGAGCAGCUCCGGGAGCCCGCCAGGCGGCGGCGGAACGCAGGGUGGCGGCAGCGCCCCGCCAAGCAUCAGCGCCCUCCCAUGCACGGGCUGCAACUGCAGCUCCAGCGCGUGGGCCCCCCUGCUCCCCGCCGCACCCAGCCUCGCGUCCACGUGGGACACAGACAGCUCCACACCGCAGGGGCGCUGGGGGCCGAGAAACCCAAGAGGGAGUCAAGGGACCGGCUGAGCUACACAGCCCCUCCCACAUUCAAGGAACAUGUGACAAGUGAAAAAGCCAGAGGAGAAAUAGCCAGUGAACCCAGCAAACUCAAUACUAUGGAAGUGGAAGAACCACUCAAGUCUCCUGAGAAAAUGUGGUCCAAAGAUGAAAACUGUGAACAGAGGAGCUCUUUGGAGUGUGCUCAGAAGGCCACAGAGCUUCGAGCUUCCAUUAAGGAGAAUAUACAGCUGAUACGACUUCAGAAGCUCUUACGUGAAAGGAAUACCUGUUUGGCAGCGACAAAAGCACAAUUAACGGAAGUUCAGGUGGCUUAUGAUACUCUGCUCCAGAAGAAUGAGGGAAUCCUGGGUGCAGCCCACGAUGCCCUCCUCAGCCAAGUGAAUGAGCUCAGGGCAGAGCUGAAGGAGGAGAGCAAGAAGGCUGUGAGCUUGAAGAGCCAACUGGAGGAUGUGUCCAUCCUGCAGAUAACACUGAAGGAGUUUCAGGAGAGAGUUGAAGAUUUGGAAAAAGAACGAAAAUUGCUGAAUGACAAUUAUGACAAACUCUUAGAAAACAUGCUGGACAGCAGCAAUCAGCCUCAGUGGAGCAAUGAGCUUGUAGGAGAACAGCUACAGCAGAAAGUCUCUCAGCUGCAGGACCAGCUGGAUGCUGAGCUGGAGGAGAAGAAGAAAGUCUUACUUCAGCUGUCCAGGGAGAAAGCUCAAAACAAGGAUCUGAAGCUCGAAGUCACCAAUCUGCUUCAGAAGCAUAAGCAGGAAGUAGAGGAACUCCAAAAUAAAGACACAAUUUCCCAAUCUCCUGACAGGCAAUCUGAGCCAGCCACUUACCCAGUUCUAUUCCAGGAGACUGUUCAGAUAGAGCCCUGUGAACCCAAAAAACAAGAAGAAAGGAAGCUGUCCCAGAUGUUAAGAGAGUUGCAAGUAUCCCAUGCAGAGACCACAUUGGAAUUAGAAAAGACCAGAGACAUGCUUAUUCUGCAGCGCAAAAUCAACAUGUGUUAUCAGGAGGAACUGGAGGCAAUGAUGACAAAAGCCGAUAAUGAAAAUAAGAAUCACAAAGAAAAACUGGAGAGGUUGAAUCGACUCCUAGAUCUCAAGAACAGUCGUAUCAAUCAGCUGGAAGGAGCUGGUGGAGAAGACUUCGGGGUGCUAGAGUACUGGAUGAGGCUGCGCUUCCCCAUAAGAUCCAGCCUACAGGCAUACAAUAAGCGAAAGAAAGCCCGGGCCUACCUGUCAGCCAAUCUGCUUGGAGCCUGGGAGGCCCAGGAGGACGAGUCCAGAUCAGAGACUUGCAAGCAUCAGAAUGAGCUGCGGGUGCAAAUCAUCCGAUGCUACGGCCUCCGGAGUCGACGGCGGCUGGGAGCCCAACCCAGUCCUUACGCCAUGUAUCGCUUCUUUACCUUUUCUGACCACGACACCACCAUCAUCCCAGCCAGUAACAAUCCCUACUUCAGAGACCAGGCUCGAUUCCCAGUGCUCAUGACUUCUGACCUGGAUCAGUAUCUGAGGCAGGAGGCCCUGUCUGUGUACAUUUUUGAUGAUGAAGACCCAGAGCCUGGCUCUUACCUUGGCCACGUCCAAGUGCCCUUGCUUCCUCUUGCACAAAACAAAUCCAUUACAGGUGAUUUUAACCUCACUGACCCUGCAGGGAAACCUAAUGGAUCUGUUCAGGUGCACUUGGAUUGGAAGUCUUGCUACCUGCCCCCAGAGAGCUUCCCAAAACCAGAAGCUAAGAGUAAGAACACCAAGGACAGUUUAGAGACCACAACUGAAGAGAAAAAAGCUGCCUUUCCUCCUCAGGACCAGAUGGUAUCUGUUGAGAUUCCUACUGAAACUGGCCAGUAUCAAGCUAAGGGAAAACUUCCUCAGGUGGGACAAAUAAAGGAAAGGGAACACCAGGUUGCAGCCUACUCAAGAAGAAAACAUGGCAAAAGAAUGGGUAUCCAAGGAAAGAACAGAAUGGAGUAUCUUAGUCGUAACAUCUUAAAUGGAAAUACGCUACAGUUGAACUACACUGAAUGGAAAUUCUCAGGGCUUAAGAUCUCUGCAGAUGGUGGUUUGAAGAAUCAGCAAAAGGAAGAGGAAAUGAUAUCAGCCCAUUCAGCACGGAUACAGAAGGAAGCCCUAUAUCCUGUGAAUGGUAAAGAAUCCUGUGAACAAACUUCUGAAGUCAGUGAAGCACAAACUACAGACAGUGAUGAAAUAAUAACACCUGUAUCUCAGAAACACCCUAAGGCAGAUUCAGAGAAGAUGUGCAUUGAAAUUGUCUCCCUGGCCUUCUACCCUGAGGCUAAAGUGAUGUGUGAUGAGAGCAUAAAACAAGUGUAUGUGGAGUACAGGUUCUACGACCUGCCCUUGUCGGAGACAGAGACUCCGGUGUCGCUGCGGAAGCCGAGGGCAGGAGAAGAGAUCCACUUCCACUUCAGCAAGGUGAUAGACCUGGACCCGCUGGAGCAGAAAGGCCGCAGGCAGUUUCUGUUUGCCGUGCUGACUGGACAGGACCCUGAGCGAGGACAUUUGAGGUUUACGGUGGUAAGCGAUCCUACGGCUGAGGAAGAGAAAGAGUGUCAAGAAGUAGGAUACGCGUUCCUGGAACUGAGGCCGGUCAUGGACUCCGGAAGGGACAUUCUAGAGCGAGAGCUCCACGUUGUUAGCCCCGAAGACCAGAGCACCCCAAUAGGAAGGCUGAAGGUGUCCCUUCAAGCGGCCGCCGCCCUCCAGGCCAUUUACAAGGAGAUGACUGGAGAUUUGUUUUCGUGAUGGAACAAGCGCUAUUCCAUUUCUAGACUGAGGGAACCAUAGUAAAAAGUCUCUUAUAAAGUAACUUGCUAUACCCUUAA